AUGGCUAGCAACCGCACUCGCCGCAUCGGCAAAGAGAUUGCCGACAUCCAUGCCGACUUGCAUUCUCAGAUCAAAGCCGAGCCAUUCUACAAUAAUGACGACGUGACACAUCUGAGAGGGUCUUUCCCUGGACCUCCCGGCACUCCUUAUGAAGGUGGUACAUACAAUAUCGAAAUCAAGAUCCCUACCGACUAUCCUUUCCGUCCACCUACCAUGAAGUUCGAGACCAAAGUAUGGCAUCCGAAUGUCAGCAGCCAAACGGGUGCGAUUUGUCUUGACACGCUUUCGAGCGCUUGGUCGCCAGUUUUGACGAUCAAGUCGGCUCUGCUUUCAUUGCAGUCUUUGCUCAGCACCCCUGAACCCAAGGAUCCGCAAGAUGCUGAAGUGGCUAACAUGCUCCUCAAGACCCCCAAGGAGUUUGAGCGAGUUGCACGCGAUUGGGCUGUCAUUUACGCUGGUGCUCCCAUGAGUGAUGAUAAUGCCGGAGGAUACAGCGUAGACGACGUCCACAUCGGCGAUGAAGACAACUUAGCAAAAUAUGACGGGUACAACAAGGAUUUGGUUGACCGUUUCGGCAGCAUGGGUUUCGAUGUCGAACGUGUUGUCGCGGCUUUCCGGUUCGUUGGUGCCGACCGGAUGGGAGGUCAGGAUUACCAGCUAGAUGAAGGAAAGAUGGGUGAUAUUACUGCCCGACUGCUUGGGGAGUGA